AUGUGGUUUCCCAUCGGCUCCACCACUCUGCCUUUGAGCCUUUUCUUGAUCAUGGGCUUUAGCGCAUCCUUUAUGUUCGGAUGGAACUUCUACUUUCCUUCCCACGCCGAACAGCUCACCUGGAGAAUCUUUAGUGUGUACCACAUGGCCUUCUCGUUAUACGGCGCUGGGUACUACAGCGUCGAGGCAUGGAAAGCUGUUAGACGAUCUGGACAGGAAGAACUGCCGAGCACAACCAUCGAACUGAUCGACCCCGAGGCUCAGCAGUUACGCGGCGAGAACAGGGGAUCGGAGAAGAGGCCACGGGAUUUCAUCAGCGGAUGGAUGAAUACCUUUCGCUCCUGGAGAAAUAUUUCACCGGACCAGGAUCCGGGCAUGGCGGUCCCAUUGAAAGUGAUUGCUCCGACUACCAUCAUCUGUGGCCUGUACGCUGCUUGUCGUAUGUAUUUCUACAUUGAGGAUUUCGUAUCGUUGCGGGAGCAGCCACAUGGCAUUUACUUGACGGGAAACAAGUUCCUGCCCUUCAUAGUAAACCCGGUUUGA